UUUUCAAGCUGAAGUAUUUUGAAGGAGCUGAGAAUCACUCGGAUUUUGUAACCGACAAAAGAAGCGAACAGAAAUUGAAGUAACCGAAAAGCGUAUGAAACUCGAAUUUGUCAGGCAAAGAAUUCAUUUGAGCACGGACUCACGAGAGUUUACUUAAGUUUAAAGUGAUCCUCAGUUUUAACGUUUAAUAAACGAUUGAAAAUCUUGAGAUUUGAACAACAGUGGUUGAAAAUGUCCAAUAUAUUCGAUUUGUUUGCUGGGGUUGGAGAGCCUCGAAAACAAACUUCGGUACUAGGAUAUUCUAGGGGCACAAUGUGCCCUAUGACGAAGUCGAAAACUAUGGGAUCGAUGUUAGAGCCACCGUUGAAAUCUGGUCUGGUUACGAGAAAGCCAAAGGGGCUGUCUCUGCGCUCAAAUUCUGAUUUAAAUCGUCCAUCUACACCUCUUCCUAAUGUAUCUAAAAGUAGCGACAGCGAGUUGGAUUAUUGCAAGCCGAAACUGACACAAUUGGAUAUCUCUGGACGACCCGUUUCUCCUCGCAACAAAGAUAAAUCUUCAAAGGUUAACGAGCCUUUGAAAAUGAAGUCAGAAAAAGCAUCUUCCUUGAAGAAUAUAAGUCUGAAAGCAAAGAAAUCUUUGGAUGAAAGUUGCUUUAAGAAACCGUUAACACCCAAGAUGGCAAACAAGAAAAAUGAUCGACUUCCAGAACCAGAGAUCUUGGCUCAUCCUUAUGAUCAAGAACGUGAAUUUAAUUACUUGUUCAGUGAAUCUAUUGAUAAAGAGUUCAACAACCUGAUGAAAGUGCUUAAUUUUUCUAAGAACAAAAAUGAAGACGAAGGUUUUGAGUUAGAACCUGAAGCACUCAUUUCUCCGGUAAUGCCUACCUUUAAGAUAUUUACUGAUGCAUCAGAUGAUGAAAUAGACAAGGACACCUUCCUCGAUUUACCAGAAUUAUCUGAUACCGAUGAUGACUUUUAACUCAAUUAAGAAGCCUUUAUAGAUUACUUUCGCACCCUCGCUUGAACGAAUGAUUAAGUUAAGAAAUGUUCUGUUUAAAACAGGAAUUUGGGAAUUAUAUUCAGACUCUAAUCGAUGCAUUUUAUUUCUGAAUUAUUAAAUGCUUUAAUGUGAGGCAGGUUCCAUUGUAAUUUAAUUUAUAUAAUAAUUUUGUUCCCUACAAAUAAAGGGCUUAGUGCAAAAAAGUUGCAAGUGUCAAAUGUCACAUACCCUUUUGCACUAAGCUGUCAAAUAUUUUUUUCGUACCCACACAUAAGUGAUCUCUUAGAAGACUACAGAAAUGUCACAAACAACGUUAAGACUGUAUUAAUAGUAAUAAAAUGUAAAAUUAACUGUAACUUG